AGAAAAUUAAUUAUAUACAAAUAUCUAUAAAAUGAAAAUCUUUUUCUAAUUCUAUUGAAACAUUUAUUAAUUAAUUAAAAAUGUUGCCAGAUAUUGGGGUAUUUGGUACAGGUCCAGUAGUGAAAGUAUUAGUUCCCAUUCUACGAGAAAAUGGAUUUAAAAUAGAAGCUAUUUGGAGUCAAACCAGACAAAAUGCACAAGAAACCGCAAAAGAAUUGAAAAUACCAUUUUUUACUGAUAAUAUAGAUGAAGUUUUGUUACGAAAAGAUGUAGAUCUAAUAUUCGUUUUAUGUCCUCCUAAUUUACAUGCUCAAAUAUCUGUUAAAGCACUAGGUAUAGGAAAGCAUGUGGUUUGUGACAAACCUGCUGGAUUAAAUCAAGUAGAUGCCCUAAAAAUGGUUGGAGCAGGCCAGUAUUAUCCUUCUUUAAUAUCUUUGAUUAAUCAUUCUUUUCGUUUCCUACCAGCCUUCAUUCAAAUGAAAAAAGCUCUUAAAGAUAAUUAUCUGCAAUCUUCUAUUACUCUUGUUGAUAUACGGAUUCAAAGUGGGUGUCUUUUCAAUGAUUCAGAUACUUUCGACUGGAAAUGUGAUGAUACAAUGGGCGGAGGAACCUUAAAUUUAAUUGGAAGCCACGUGGUUGAUUUAAUAACAUUUCUAACUGGGCAAAGAGCUAUAAAAGUACAUGGUGUUGUGCGUACUUUCACAAAGAAUACCGCAAACAUUAAUGGCAUUCGCAGUAUAUCUGCUCCAGAUUUUUGUACAUUUCAGAUGGAACUUCAAAAUGGCAUUUUAGUAACUGCUACUAUAAAUAGUCAUACUGCAGGUACAAACUUUAACCAAGACGUUAUGAUUUGCAGUAGUACAGGUCAUUUAGUCGUAAGAGGUGGAGACUUAUUUGGUAGGAAAAAUAAAGGCAAUGAAGAAGUUUUGUAUUUGGAUGUAGAAGAUUUAAAAUGUCCUGUACCCAAUUCAAUUCUACCAAAAACCUUCAUAAAAGGGCUUUGUAAGAUGGUAUCUGCUUUAAGGGAAGCCUUUUUGCCUAAUAAUGAGAAGGAAGGUUGGAUUAAAGAACCAGUUCAGUCUGCUGCUACUUUUGAGGAUGGAUUAUAUGUCCAAGCUGUUUUGAGUGCUAUCAGAGAGUCAUCUCAUACCCGGCAAUGGGUGAAAGUUAAAGUUUUGACAGAGCAACCCGAUAAAAAUGAACUCUUGAGUGCCGUUGUUAGGAGAACUGCUAUUACUAUUUCAUAAACAUAUUUAUUUCAUAAUUUUGUAUUAUUUGGGGCUUCCGCCAGGGUUUAUUUACUUAAAGAUUAUUUAUUUUUGUAAAAUAUUGGGUAAUUAAUGAAUGGAAGAAACUGCUGUGAAUUAUUUAAUUUUAAAAUAUUUGUUAAUGAUGCUAUAAAUGUUUGUUAAGUUUUCAGAUAAAAUUUUAGUUUUAGGUUUGCAAUAUCGCAUUUUUUGUGUAUCGACAAUGGAUGUCAUUUUUUGGAUAAAGUCUGAAUUUCUUUCUUAAUAUUUUUCAAAAAUGUUUUGGAGGAAGUCCUGUAACUUUUUAUAUUUUUUAUAUCUUUAUGUAUUCUUAUUUUUUUAAGGUUUUUUUAAAAUAGAUUUUUAUACAAAUAU